AUGGCUGAAGAAACAAAGCUGAAAGUGGUGAUGUACCCAUGGCUGGCCAUGGGCCAUCUCACCACAUUCCUUCACUUAUCCAACAAAUUAGCAGAAAGAGGCCACCAAAUCUUCUUCAUCCUCCCUACCAAAACACAGUUCAAAUUAAACCAAUUCAAUCUUCAUCCGGACCUCAUCAAAUUCGUACCGAUAACAAUCCCGAACGUCCAAGGCCUUCCCGAUGGCACCGAGACGACCUCGGACGUGCCGUUUCCCAUGUUUACGCUUCUCAGACACGCCAUGGACCUCACUCAACCCGACAUCAAAACCAUCCUACAAAAACUGAAACCCCAUUUCGUGUUCUUCGAUUUCACGCAAUGGUUGCCUGCUCUAGCUCGACGAUUGAACAUCAAAUCUGUUCUUUACUGCAUUAUAAGCCCUGCUUCUGUCGGGUAUCUUUUUCGGAAUGAUUCCGAGGCCAAAGCUUUCGUGGAGCCUCCGCCAGAUUUCCCAUCACCCAAAAUAAAGCUUUACAAACAUGAAGCCAGAAUGGUCGAAAAAAUCAACAACGAAAAAGAAUUUGGAAGCGACAUGAAGUUUGUAGAGCGGAUGAUCAUGGCUGCUAACGAGUCGGAUGCAAUAGGAUUCAAGUCCUGCCGAGAAAUGGAAGGCUCGUACGCGGAGUUUGUCCGAAAAAAGUUGAAAAAGCCAGUUCUCCUAGCCGGUCCGGUUCUGCCCGAGCCACCCACCUCAGCACUAGACGAGACAUGGGCUACUUGGCUAAGCCGAUUCAAGCCCAAGUCCGUUAUCUUCUGUGCCUUUGGCAGCGAGGCCCGACUCAGGGCAGACCAGUUCCAUGAACUGGUAUUGGGCUUAGAGGUUACGGGCAUCCCAUUUUUCGCAGCUCUAAAGCCGCCGAUUGGGGCGGAGACAGUCGAAGAGGCUCUGCCUAAUGGUUUUAUGGAGAGGAAUAAGGAAAGAGGGGUCGUGUAUGGCGGUUGGGUUCAACAGCAGUUGAUUUUAAGUCAUCCUUGCGUAGGAUGUUUCGUGACGCAUUGUGGGUGGGGUUCGCUGUCGGAGGCUAUGGUGAAUGAGUGCCAAUUGGUGCUAAUGCCGCAUGUGGGCGACCAACUUAUUAAUGCAAGAUUGAUGGCUGAGGAUUUGAGGGUUGCUGUGGAGGUCGAGAAAGGAGAAGAGGAUGGGUUGUUUACGAGGGAUGGCGUGGCCACGGCAAUCAAGUUGGUCAUGAUAGAUGAGAGUGAGAUUGGGAGAGAGAUUAAGGCGAAUCGUGCUAAACUGAGGGAUUUAAUGUUGAGGCAAGGCUUUGAGGAUUCUUAUGUUGAUGAUUUUGUUCACAGCCUGCAAUCCCUUUUGUAG